GUCCAAUUGACGCAGGCGCGGAAGGUUGAAAGGGACCCCCGCCCCCUCUCCGUCGGCUGCUGCUUUUGCUUCGCGUCUUGGGUAGCGACGAGAGCAGCGGCGGCCAUGAACGGAUUCGGCUCUGGGGCGUCCUCGCUUCAGAGAGGCGGAGGCAGCAGCAGCACCAGCGGCGGCGGAGAAACGCUGGAAAAGAUCGACAUGUCUCUGGACGACAUAAUUAAGUUGAACAAGAGAGAAGAGAGGAAGCACAACGCUCCCAAGAUGAAGCGAGGCCUCCCGCAGAACGGCCCACGACAGUUCCGGAUGCGCAGGACGAAGUGGGGCAUUCAAGACUAUCCAGGUUUUGGCAAGAACCACUCGGGACGUCGGAAGCAGCUGCCGGGGAAGAGGCGUGCCUACGGCAUUAAGACGGGCUUGGCAGCAAGGAAAGCCCUGGGGGCUCACAAGGGCAUCAGCCCCCUCAACAGGUCGCCUCUCACUGAAAAGAACCUGCAAAGGAAUUACUCCAUUUUGAAAAGGAAGAUGCCCGUCCAGAGACAACCCGAGUUACAGAGGAAGCAAGGAGCCCGGUUCCGAAGACCCGCCUUGUUAAAUCGAAGGCCGAGCAUCCAGUCUCUUUCCACCAGAAUCGGGAAUAAAUUAUACCAGCAGAAAGAUACGCGCCAGGCGACUUUCCUUUUUCGGCGGGGCCUGAAGGUACAAGCACAAGUCCAUCCGGAAUGUGACCACAGAAACCAAGGAACCAAACACCCAUGGCGAACAUCUACGAGAAACGGAGGGAUUUUGACUAUUUCCAUUGACAAUCCUGGAGCUGUUCUCUCUCCAAUCUCUUUGAAACCGAGACUCCCCAGCAAUCUCAUACCCCCCUUUCUCCUGAAGAAGGAGCCGUCGGAAGAGAAGAAGGUCCCCAAAGGCGUCCCUCUGCAGUUCGACAUCAACAGUGUCGGGAAGCAGACCAGCAUGACCCUCAACGAACGCUUCGGCAUCCUGAAGGAACAAAGGACAGCUCUGGCUCAGAACAAGGGCACCCGUUUUGUGACGGUGGCCUAGAAGAGACCCCUCCCCUCCGAAGGAGCUGGAAAGACUCUGAUCCAGAAGUUGUGGCAGAUGUUCCGACUCUUGUGUCAAGACCCCGAAGGAGAUGAAUCCUUUCCCCACUCCCCUCUUCAUUUACCACCCUUACUUUACACCGGGACGUCCAACCUUGAGUGCUUUAAGGCUUCUGGACUUCAAUCCCCAGAAUUCCCCUGCCAUCUGUGGGAAUUGAAGUCCACAACACUCUCUCUUUUUUUUUCAAUCCAAAGUUGUUGUUUUUUUAAUUUUUUAAUACAAAUUUACACAUAUUAUAGAAAAGAAGUGUUGAACGGAUCUUUCCUUUUGAUGUCUUCCCCUUUACCUAUUCCAUUUUGCAUCAUAGCUUUGUUUUCACUUUCAGCCAAAUUAUUUUCUUCCAUCAUUUUCCAUUUUUUUUAUACUCAUUUUUUCUUAGUACAUAAAGGAUAUCUUCAAUUGCCCCUUCAAAAACUGCACCAAAUUAUCGUUUCAUAUUUCUCUAUUGGUCUAUUUUACCAUAAACAAUAUCUAUCCUCCAAUUAAGUUUUAACAUAGAGAGCAUUUCUUUCAUUUUUUUUCUACAAUUAACAAUAUACUAUAAUUUCUUCCAUUUCUUAAUUAGUUACAGAGCAAUACCAAUCAUACUACUCUUCCCUUUAAUCUACUUAUGCAACUCUUUUUCCCCCCCUUUCUUCCUCUUAUCCAUUUUCUCUUGGGCUCUCAAGAAUUCCACUUUUAAUCCUUUUUCU